GGCCAGCCUCCGACGGGGACCCUUAAAGGUGGUGAGUGCGUGGAGGGUCGGGGGCGGGUCGAGACGAGGGGGGAGAGGCGGACGAGUCCUUGCGACGGUGUGCCUCGCCGUGCCUCUCAGCCGAACCUCUUGGAUGGUGAUGGCCUGCAGGGUCCCGCCGCCCAUGUUGGCUGCACGUCGCCGGCCACGUGGCCCUCUACCAGGGCCACAAACACGUCCAGACACCACAAGGCAGCGUGGAAGGGACGGCGGAGGACGAUGGUUGUGAGAUGGGUGAGAAGCGCCCCCAGCUGGCUGACGAGAGGGGCGGGAAUGCGCCGCCAGAAGCACCGCUCCUCGCACGUGCCGCAACUGAUGGUGAGGUGCGUGUGGGCCGGUGCAGCCUGCUGGUAGAUGGACUGGCUCAGCUGCACCAGCAAGUAGAGGGGCAGGAAGGCCACAAUACUGACGCGAAGGCCAGGCUGCAAACACCCACAUCACACACAGGGAGGAAUCAGCGUGGCGUUCAUUCUGGACAUGUGUGCAUCGGCUUGCCUCGUCAGUGAUUCCUUGCCAAAGGACGCGCUCCCUCUCUUCCCGACGCUGUCGCUCUCCAUCACUCUCGCCACCACCACCACCACCAGCAGCAGCCGAUGAAGACGCUGCCGGCGUGUGAUAAGACCUCUUGACCUGCACCCAUGCACCCAGCACACACACAGCCAACAUCCCUCUGUUGACAUGCGCCAGUUAUUGCAAGCGGUGCUGCGAUGCGCCUUACCUGUCUACCGUCCUCCAUGGCUGCAGAUCUGAUUCAGCGGCUCGGUAUCUGCCCUCCGCUGCGAUGAGCACUCCAAUCAAUGCCUUCUCUGAGGCCGCUACUUAACCGAUGCUAACGGUCCCUCCCUGACGCACAAACACACACAGCACAUGAUCGAGGGAGGCACCGAUGGUGAAUGCGCCUCCUCCCUGCCUGCGGUACCUCAGGAAGGACAGACGCGAUGAUGCUUCUCAGUCGACCCAUCGAUUUGAGGCGUAGAAGGCACAGCGCGGGGCCUCAGCCGCCCCUGAUGCUGCACGCGCCCCCCCC